GUCGAGCUGAGCAAGACAUCAGCAUUAAGCCGGAGCUUUUUGUAGUGUGGCAUGAAGCAACUGUCGAACGCUUGAAUGGCUAUAACGGUUUAGUAGCAGAGAGUGCUGGGUGUGUUAGUGCUAGUGCUAGUGUGUGUGCGUGUGUGCGCCGUACAGCAUACGCGUUUGUGUCAAAGUGUUCUUUUCUGCUGCUGUGUUGUAGUAAGCAGUGCGAAUAAGCAGUAGAAGAAGCGAAGGCAGCGAAAAAAGGUGUAUGGAAAAGCUGAAAAUUUCCAAUUGAGAUUUUUUUUAAUUCGCCCAACACUGUGCUUAGUCUUUUGUAGUAAAAGCAAUUACGCGUGUGAAAAGCAAACGUAACGUAACGCAAUUAAGUGCGAGUGGUUUAAGGAAAAAGGCAAAGAAAAAAUCCGUUUAAAAUUAUGCGACAAUUUCCGGUGCAUGUGAAAACGGUAGCGUCGACGCUCACCAGUGGGUAAAAGCUGAAAGUCAUUGUAUAACCAGCCGCCGCAAAUGUUGGAAAAUAUGCAACAUACAUACACAUAUACAACAACAAACAUACAAUACAUAUGUUUGUGCGGUGAGUGCGACUGACACUACACAUGGUCAGCCAGCAAGUCCGUUAGUGAAAAAUUACCAAAAAAAAAUUGCAAAAAAUAUUAAAUAUUACUUAGCAGUGGCCGAGUGUGGUGAAAAAGCAAAAAUAUAUAUUAUCUAGCUUGUGCAACAAAAUUUAACGCAACAGUAUUAACACAAAAAAAUAAAAAAUAAUAAAUAAAAUAUCUUUGUGCAAAAGAACACUCGCUUAACUUCUGUGGCAGCCGUAUGCAGCAGCUAUUUGGUAAACAUAUAUAAAAUAAAGCAACGAAAAAAGAGAGAUGAAAAGAGCCGAAAUCAGUUUUUAUUCGAAAGCAAUUUUUUUCCGCAAAACCAAUUAAUGCAGCAAUUGUGAGCGCUCGACGCUGCAGCAACUAAAGCGAGAAUUCAAAGAAGUGAUGAAAACAAAUGCAAUUGCAGUAUAACUGUAAGUACGGAAGCGCAAGAGGAAAGGCCAAUAAAGCGCCAACGAUAUGCAAUACCAACAACAGCAACAGCAAUCCAUGAGAGCUGCAGUGAAAAAGUAAUUAAAAACGAACUUUAACCCACAAAACUACAGCGCUGGUGUUUAUGCAGCAGCUGCGCCGACCCAGGCGGACCGCCUACACAUACGACCCACAUAUGCAUACAUACACACAAGCAUACAAGCACAUACACGCGAAAGUGUUUGCUUAAAAGCGAAACAAAUACAACUCGAAACCGAAAAAGCAAGAACAAAAAAAUAUUAAGUAAACAUUUGAAAAGCAGUGAGUUUGCUUAAAGCGCUAGAAAGCAGCCGCUGGAGGGCGGCUAACGUGCUUAGAAAACGCCCAUAUAGUGUUUGAAGAAGUUGCUGUAGCAGUUGUUGGUGUGUUUGUGCGUAGUGCAUAAGUGUGUGUAUGGAACUUGCAGCGCUUCGUUGUGUGUGGAGUAGUGUAGUAGAAGCAGCAGUGAAGCGGCAUAGGCGCAUACAAAAGCCACAACAACAACAAAAGCAACAGCGAAAACUGGAUUACAGUGCAGAACAGCAUCGGCAACAACACGAACAGCAAGUAACGGUAACAAGAUGCAGAAGGAAAAUAAUACGACAGCUGAAAAUUGCCAAUUUGUGGGGCCAUAUCGUCUGGAGAAGACGCUGGGCAAGGGACAGACGGGCUUGGUUAAGUUGGGCGUACACUGUGUGCUCGGUCGUAAGGUGGCCAUUAAAAUAAUCAAUCGCGAGAAGCUCAGCGAAUCGGUGUUAAUGAAGGUGGAACGUGAAAUUGCUAUUAUGAAAUUGAUUGAUCAUCCACAUGUCUUGGGCUUGAGCGAUGUCUAUGAAAACAAAAAGUAUUUAUAUCUAAUAUUAGAGCAUGUUUCUGGUGGUGAAUUGUUCGAUUAUUUGGUGAAAAAGGGACGACUGACGCCGAAGGAGGCGCGUAAAUUUUUCCGUCAAAUAAUAUCAGCUUUGGAUUUUUGUCACUCACAUUCGAUAUGUCAUCGAGAUUUGAAACCCGAAAAUUUGCUGCUGGACGAAAAGAACAACAUCAAAAUUGCCGACUUCGGUAUGGCUUCACUGCAACCGGCCGGUUCUAUGCUGGAAACCUCAUGUGGAUCGCCGCAUUAUGCAUGUCCCGAGGUCAUAAGGGGUGAAAAAUACGAUGGACGCAGAGCGGAUGUUUGGUCCUGUGGCGUUAUCCUGUAUGCGCUAUUGGUGGGCGCAUUGCCCUUCGAUGACGACAACCUACGCCAGCUGCUGGAGAAAGUGAAGCGUGGCGUGUUUCACAUACCGCACUUUGUGCCGCCCGACUGUCAGAGUUUAUUGCGCGGCAUGAUUGAGGUGAAUCCGGAUCGACGACUGACGUUGUCGGAAAUAAAUCGCCAUCCAUGGGUCACGGCUGGUGGCAAAGGUGAAUUGGAAUUGGAACUGCCGAUGAUGGAGGUGGUGCAAACGCAUGUCAUACCGUCCGCCUCAGCGGUGGAUCCGGAUGUUUUAAAUGCGAUUUGCUCGCUGGGUUGCUUCAAGGAAAAGGAUAAACUCAUACAAGAGCUAUUGAGUUCGAAUCACAACACAGAGAAAGUUAUAUAUUUUCUACUCUUGGAUCGUAAACGAAGGCGUCCUGCCUUGGAAGAUGAUGAUGAAAUCGCUCAAAAGUCACGUAGUGAAUUAGAUGCAGUGGAUCCGCCCAGAAAACGACUCGAUACUUGUCGUAUAAAUGGUACGAAUUCGCCCAGCUAUGGACAGAUAUCGGAAGGUUCACCACUAACGCCUAGACGGCAAGCUUUCAACUUCCGGUCCUACAGCAGUUCGCGCAAUCACCAGCGUCGCUCGCCCACUACGGUUUCCUCGGUGCGUUCCUCGUCAUAUCACAGUCCCACACGCUGCAAUUCGCCCAUCAAUUCGGCGCAACAACAAGUCAAUGCCAUCUCACGUCCAUCCUCGCCAGCGGCCACAUCCGCCGGACACUCGUCCCGUCACUCUACCUAUUCGAGUGAAUGCCGCGAGCGUUCCGGCUCGGCACACCAUCAUCCGUCUGUAAGUCGUACGCCCUCACAUUCUUCGCAAAGCGGCGUGGAGGGUAUUAUUGGCGGUGGCAGUGGAGGUGAUAGGGGUGGCGUUGGUAGUGGGGGCAGCGGUGGCAGCAGUGAUAUUGUUGCGGUGCGUGAAGCACGCGAACGUCGAGACUCACGCAGUGAACGCCAGGCAGCGCUGCAGGCGAGCUGUGGCGGUGUGCCCGGCAGUCCUGGUGGUGGCAGCAAUAGUGGUAGCGGCUCAACCGUGCAUCAUCGUGCCAAUUCGGGACCGACUAUAGCGAUUAGCAUGUUCCACGAUCCGGAAGCGAAUAGCGUUAUGAAUCCUACAACAUCGCCGCUAAUGAACAACAGUUCACCAGUGAUGCCCGGUUCACCAUGCAAUGCGCCCGGUGGCCAGCUGUGGAAGACGCGUCUUACAAAUAUUAAAAAUAGUUUUCUGGGUAGCCCACGCUUUCAUCGAAGAAAGCUGCAAGUUUCCGCGGACGAGGUGCAUUUGACGCCCGAAUCAUCGCCCGAGUUGACAAAACGUUCGUGGUUUGGCAAUCUAAUAACCACAGAGAAGGACGAAACGUUUACAAUUUUAGUAAAAGGCAAGCCAAUAGCGACUGUGAAGGCACAUCUGAUACAUGCCUUUUUGUCGAUGGCAGAGCUUUCGCAUAGCGUAGUCUCACCCACAUCCUUCCGUGUAGAAUACAAACGCAAUGGCAAUGGACCGGUCAUGUUUCAGCGGCAUGUCAAGUUUCAGGUGGAUAUAAGCGCAAUUUGUAAACAAGGAGAUAUCUCGGAUAUGCUGUUUGCACUGACAUUCACUUUGUUAUCAGGCAAUAUACGCCGCUUCCGUCGCAUCUGUGAGCAUAUACAAUCGCAAGUGUGCUCCAAACGCUUUCCCGGACCGAGUAGUCCACCCACAGUGGCGACCGUUACGCAAGCCGUUUCGGAGAGUUCAUCGUGUGGUUCGGUCUCAAGCGAACGUUUGUCCUAUAAACGUCAACAGAUUGAGAAUGAAAUUGAGAAUGACUCAAUAUUUGUUUUCAAAUCGGGCAAUGGCCGUCGUGCAUCGACAACAAAUAAUAACAAUGCACCGCCGGCGGAUAUUGUGCCCGCAAGUCCAAUAGCCGUGCGCUCAAAUUCCGAAACCGAGCAGCACGAACGCAAUCGUGAAUUGCAGAGUGAUCGUCAGGCGACAACAAUGUCAGGGAGUGCAAUAGCAUGAGAAUUAUUUCUCUGAUUUAGUUACAUUUUUAUAUAAAAGUAAUUUUUUUCCAAAACUAACAAAUAAAAUAAUACAAGAAGAAGAAACAAGAAAAUACACAAAAAAUAUAUCGAACUACUGUCUUACAAUUACGAGUUAUACUUAACAAUAGUAACAUAGCAAAUUAAACAAAUUAAUAAACAAUAAAUAAGGUUAAAAAAUUAUGUAAGAAGUACUAAGAAUUUGCUAAGUAUUGAUUAAAUUUUUGUUGUAAAAAACUGUGCUUCAAAAGAAAUUAUGUUGCUUGUGAACCUAUAACUAAUGAGUUAUUAUGUGCUUUAAAGCUUUUGGAGCUUUCAGAAUUAUGUAUAUGUACACAUGCUUAAAAAAUUUUAAGCUUUCAUUUGUAAAUGUUUCAAAUAGAUUUGUUAAGAUGAGUUAGUAAAUUUUCAAAAGCUUCAGGUCUUAUAAAAAGCUUUCACAUACAAAAGCUUUAAAAAAAUUUCCACUUUGUAUAAUUUUCAAACAUAUAGAGGAAUUUUAUGAAAAGUUUGUGUUUUUAAGGAUUCUGAAAAAAACUUUCACUCCUCACUUCAUGUGUUAUAAAAAGCUUUCACCUACAAAAACUUUUAAAUAAAUAGCAAUUUUGUAAUAUUGUCUAAACCGUAUUUUAAUUAACGUACAAGAGAAUUUUGAGUAAAGUUCGUUUAGUUUUAACGUGUUUUGAAAACGCUUUGAAUUUUUACUUCCGGCGUUCUGAAAAGCUUUUACCUAAAUAAAUUACAAUUGCGUAUAGUUCUUUAAACCGUUUUUACAUAACGCGUAGCAGAAAUUUGAGUAAAAAUUGUUGCGUUUUAAGGUAUUUUGAAAAGCUUUCAUCAAAAGCUUAUUCAAAGCUUUACCUGAUGGCAAGGGAAAGAGGGUUAAUUUUUCUAAAGUUCUGUGUUACUUAAAAAAACAAACAUAAACAAAAGCUCCGUAGUAAAAAAAAAAAUAUCGCAAAAGUUUAUUAAAAGCUUUUCUUGAUAUUAAAAUCAAAACACUAAUUGCGUUUAAAGUAUAAAGUUUUUCGUUAUUAGAAGAAAGUAAAUAUACAUAUAUUUUUAAUUUUAGGUUAUAAAAGCUUCUUCAGCUUUCCAGUUUUUCAAAGCUUUGCUCAAACACAAUAAAUAAAAAAAAUUUCGAGUCACAUAAAACGUUUAAAAAUUUAAAUUUAUUUUAUUUUUAAAAGGUUUAUGUGACUCGAAAAAAGAGCACAAACAAAAGCUUCAUAGUAAAAAAAAAUAAACUUUCACUAAAAGUAAAAAAUUCAAUAUGUUUUUUUUUUAAGUUCAAGCUAAUUCGAAAAAAAGCUCUUUCAUCUUUCAAGCGCUUCGAACUUUUCAAAGCUUUACUCAAACACAGUACUUCCAUUAAUUUAUUUAUCGUUUCUGUCUUCUGUCAUACCGAACGUAAUGCGAACAAACAUUGUUGCCGCCGAGCCGAAAAUUUUCGCUAUAACGUAUUUGAAGAGAACUCAAAGCGAAUUGCGUAAGAAAAUCAUUAACUGUUGUAAAAAUUUGUAGCUUAAUAUGCAAUAAGUAAAAGAUAAAAGAGAAACUAAGAAAAGCAAAAACGUUCAAAGAGUUGCAAAGAAAAAUUGAUAUUUUGUAGAAGUUAGUUGAAGCAGGAAGCUUGAUUAAAGCGUAGAAAUAGUUAAAGCAAGAACACUUCAAAGUAGUUACACUCACAAACGAAAGUAUGUACUUAAAUACAGCAACACAUAGUAUUACAAACAAAAAAUUGAGAAGAAAAUAAAUUAAGUAAAACCAAAAACAAAAUGCAUAGUUAUUCAAAAUAAACGCAGGCAAGUGAAUAAUAAAACUAUUUUUGAAGAAAGCAUAGGUGAGAAUGUGAAGCUUUUUUUGGCCAAAAGCACAGUAGCUCUUGUAUUACUUUGAAAUAAGCACUUACUCAACUAACAGUUCAUUUUUAAUUUGCCUCCUUGUGCUAGUUUUUGCAUACGAAUUUUGUAUUGAUAAUAUUUCCAAAAACUUUUAAAAGCCGAAAUAAAAGUUGCAAAAGCUCUGCAGAGCUUUAGUGGUGAGAAAAUUUCGUCAGUUCUAAAGUUUUCAUUCCGAGUUUGCCGUAUGGACUUGUGCAACUAAAAUAUUGUAUUGAAUGUAUAUUAUUACGACAAACUGUUGUGGUACAAUGUUUAGCUUUUUACAAAAUAAAUUUAAAUACCGCCUAAGCAUAUAUGUAUUUGUAAAUUUUACUAUAAAUAAUACCAAAAAUAAAGAUAUGAAUUGUAUGGCAAUUGUUAGCUAUAUUAAUGCAUUUAGAGUUUAUUUUUAUUUUUUGUUAAAGAAAUCGGUCUCCAGAUUCGUACAUAUUGUAGAUUGCCUAAUUAAAAGCGCAUAAUUCAGCUGAGUAUUUAACAAAAUUGGUAAAAUUGGUUUAAAUUCGUUUUCUUUCAAUUAUUUAAUUUGAAAAAUGUUUUAGCAAUUUUUUAUGAAUUUUAUAAUGGGUUUUCAUAGGUUCUAAAAAUGGCUAUUACUUUUUCCAAAAUUGGGACAGUCUCUCAUUUAUAUUAACUGCUUUCUCGAAAUAAAAUCAAAUAGUUUUAACUAAGCCCCUAUUGAGGUUUUUUGAUGGCGUGAUGUCGAUCUAUACUAAGUAAAAGUUACUGGGGUCCUCUAAAAUACCCUAUAGAUAACAACACAACCAUAAAUUUAUUUAUGGAAAUAAUCCGUCAUCACUUUGAUGAAAGAAACAGUGCUUGAGAGAGAAAAAAAAAUAUUUGUUCGAUAUGCUUUUAGUAAUCAAAAGCCCAAAGUCUCCUCACAUUAUUUUUAACACCUUCACUCAACAAAAUGAUGAAGAGGAUACUUACAUUGGCUUUGUCAUGCAUACAUUGGCUGGGAAUGGUUUUUCGGUUCGGUUACGAGAUCUACUAAAAGCCUGAGCCUUAACUGUUGAAUAAAAACUAAUUUCGAUUUCUACUUUUCUCAUUAAAAAUAUACUUUCUAUAUUUGCCAAUUAUUUAUAUAAAUAUUAUAAUGUAUACUUUCAGUAAAUUUAAAUGUUUUCGAAUAUUUUUAAUUCUAAACUCAGCGCUGCUAAAAAUAACCCCCAAAAUUAUCAAAAAAAAACACAAAAAAACCGUCCAAAUGCAUAAGAGAAAAACAAUAAUUGAUUAUCAGAAUUAUCUAUUGCAAAUAUUUUUUUACACUGCAGUACUAACGAAUUUCCGCUUGCAAUUAAGAAUGGCAAACCAGCGAAAAUAAAACGAAAUAAAAAUAGUAGAGGCGUGAGCAAACCAAAUGUAAAAUCUUACAAGUAGAGCACAUAAAGAGUGCAUAGAAAUAUCACAAAAGAGCAAAAGCUGAAACACAUAAAAUUUAAUUAGAAACACGCCAUAAAAUAAUAGCUAACAUGGAUGCCAAUGCAACAGUGUAAAGUGCAAGCAAGCAAAAUUCUUUGAGGCCGAGUGUAAACGUAUCGAUAAUGCGAUUGCGAAAAUUAUGAAAUUUAAAAUAAACAAUCAUAAGUAAUUAUAAAAAAUAAAAUAUUUCAAUUGCAAGUACGAGAACUAAGAUAAAUUGUCAAUACUGAAGUAAAAAAUUACUUAUAUAACAGUUAUUUAUGAAAAUUAAUAAACAAAAUAUUAUGUAAAAACUAGUGGGUGAGCGAUUAUUGCAAUAUACAUAUGUAAAGAAGAAGCAAAUGUUAAUAAAUAAUGCAGGAAAUGUUGAGCAGUGUCCAUAAAAAUAUUGUAGCAAUUUUCAGAUAAUAGCAGAGUAAAGAAAAUGCUGGCAACAAGUGUUGGUUUUUCCUUAAUUAUUUAAAAAUUAAAGUUUCUACUUACAUAUAUGUCAAAACUAUGGCAAAGAUCUCUAAAAUAUGACACACCUUUGCAUAAUAUACAUAUAUUUUUCCUAACCUAAACCAUUAUUUAUACUUUUUAACAUUGCUUUUAACAGUUUAAAGUAUUUCAAGCGAUUUUUAUUUUCGACGAUUUAUUCUUAAUUUUGGUAAAAUUCUCGAAAAUUUUUUACAAUGUAUAGUAAAAGUUUUCGAAAUGUUUGCAUAUAUACAAAAAUACAUAUCUUUAGUAAAUUUAUAACGCAGCAGUGCAAACAAAUUGAACGAAACUUCGUUUUUGGCUUAGCUGACUAUGGUAACUCGAGAACCCCUCGUUAAAUUUGUAGGAAAUUUAAACAAUUUAUUAUUUACAUUAAUGUUAUUGUUUACAUGAAAGUUCAAAACUUUUUUCCAAAAUUUAAAUGCACAUUAACGGUUUCUGAAACGUUUGCAUUUGCCAAAAUUAUUGAGAAACAAAUUUAUAUCACUGUUCUGCCACAAAUUUUGAUGAAACUACUAAUUUCGGGGAACUGACUUUAGCAACUCGAGAUCAAUUCAUUGGAUUUGUAUGAAAUUCUAACAAUUUAUUGCAUACCUUAUUGCUAUUAAUUACAAGAAAGUUCAAAAUUUGUCUGCAUAAUCUAAAUGUAUAUUAACAGUUUCUGAAACGUUGACAUAUGCUAACAUUACCGAAAAACAAAAUUAUAUCACGGUUUUGCAACAAAUUUAGAAGAAACUACUUCUUUGGUGAAGUUGACUGUAGCAACUCGAGAUCCCUUUAUUGGAUUUGUAUGAAAUUCAAGCAAUUUAUUGCCUACAUUUUUGUUAUUGAAUAAAUGAAAGUUCGAAAAUUUUCACCGAAAUUAGAAUGUACAUUAGCAGUUUUUGACACAUUUGCAUAUGUUAACAUUUCUGAGAAAAAAAUUAUAUCACUGUUUUGCAACAAAUUUUGAUAAAACUACUACUUUUGUGCAGCUGACUACAGCAACUCGGGAACCCCUCAUUGGAUUUGUAUGAAAUUCAAGCAAUUUAUUGUAUACAUUAUUGUUAUUAAUUGCACAGAAGUUCGUUGUUUUCGUGCGCAGCAUGUACUUACUGGACUACAAAUAAUAUUGGGCGUGAUAUUGAGUUUUAGAACUUUAUGAAGCAUUAUUUAAAAAAAAAAAUUUAUAUAUAUUUUCAUAUUUUUCUAUAUAUUUUGUCGCAAAUAUAAGCUAAAAACGCAAUAACAAUAAACUCACCGAGCAAUUAAAGCAUUAAAACAUACAAAAACAAUAAUAAACGCAUAGUCGAGUCAUAGCAACAUAUGUAUAUCACAAAAGAGCUCAUGUAUUUACUCGUAAAUAUUUAAUUUGCAUAAAUCAUUCAUACUCAUACAUAUGUGCAUUCAGUGUUCAUAUACAUACCAAAACAUGCAUACAAAUAUAUUCACGUAUACACGCAAACAACAAACAACAAACAGUUAUGCAUAAAAUGAAGUAUGAAGUUGUAUAAAUUGUUAAUUUACAUGUGUGCAGCUGGCAUAGUCCUAGACUACGCACACCCAUACAUAGAAAUAUUUGCAUCAUAAAACUUAUGUACAUACAUAUAUACUAAAUACAUAUACGCGCAUUGGUCCAUUAAGUAUUUACAGAAUUAGUAUGAAAAGUUGCAGAUCUGCGCGUAAAUAUGUAUUGUAUAUGAAGGCGCAAAAUUUAUAGUGAAAGUUUUGCAGUGUAAAAAAUGGCAAAAACAUGAAAAAAUUCAGCUAAAUUGUACAGUAUUAACGCUUAAGCAUAGUUUAAUUCGUACAAUAUACAAACACAUGCAUACUAUGAUUACAAAUAUUAAUUAUUAUUAAAAAAAUUGCAAAAUUUGUCGAAUAUGCCCAGAUUUAGCAACUUAUUUUGGUAUAAGUGUAAUUUUGUAAACGACGCCAGUAAACAACUAUACAUAACCACACAUUUGCAUACAAACAUACAAGAUAAAAUUCAAAUUUAAAUGUAUUAUGUAAAUAAAUAAUAUAUAUAUACUUUGUGCUAAGCAGCAAAUUAAAACAAAAAUGCCUCUACUGAAAUUUGGUUAUUGCGAAAAUUGCCACCAAAAGCUCGUAUUAAAGCGACAAAAUGCCACUAACUCUCUCACCGCAUUCUAAACGCUCCCCCAAAAAGAACCACAUCUUAUGCUUUAUACCAAAAAUUAAACAUCUAAUGCAUAUAUUAUAUAGCAAACCAAUCGUACAACUAAUAAAAAUUGUAAUACACAACAUAAAUAAUAUAUUUAAUUAUACACAUACAAGCAUAGCCGUAUACAUAUAUACAUUCAUACAUAUGCAAAAGAGAAUCAUGCAUACAAAACACAAAAAAAAAAAAAAAAAAAAAUAAAAAUAAUUAAUUAAAGCAAAUAGCGAAAUCUCAGCAUUGCCAUUUACUCAUUAUCAUCGUCAUCAUCAUCAUCAUCUACGCUAAUGUCAUUGUCAUUGUCAAUCAUUAUACACAAUCAUUAUUAUCAGCAUAAUCAAGCAUUGCAUUGUUAUAGCUUAUCCGAAACCUCUAGUCUAGACUCAUAUAAUUAUUAUUACUAUAUAAUAUAUAUAUAUAUACACUCACACAUAUAUAUAUUUUAAAAUUCAAAUUGUAUUAAUUGUUAUCGCUUGCUAGUGUACAAAAAUUUACAAACUAUUUGAAACGCUUUGCUUUGGUGCGGUGCAGUGCGGCUUGAAAGCGUGUGAAGGUAGAAGGCAGGAAGAAGUUAGGUAGUUUGGUUGCAUGGUUUGUACUCAUAACUAUAGGAGCAGCACAGAAAUGUACUGAAAA